AUGUCUGAACCUCAUAUUUUUCUAAAAAAAAACCAAGACCAUCGAAUUAUUGCCAAAGAAUUAGAUUUAUAUAUUUUGGAUGAAAAGGCUGCAGAAUAUAAUUUUCAAGAAGUAAUUACUCCCAUUUUAGGAAGCGAGGAAUUAUACCAAACCAGCGGACAUUUGGCUCAUUACCAAGAUUAUAUGUUUCCGGCCAUGAGCCGCAAUAAUGAAACUUACUACCUUCGACCCAUGACUUGCCCCCACCAUUGUCUUAUUUACCAACAAAAACCUCGUUCUUACCGGGAAUUGCCUUUCCGUUUAGGCGAAAAUUCAAUUUUACACCGCUAUGAAACUUCGGGAGCUUUGAAAGAAUAUUCCGAAGAACUUUUGGUGAGUUCGCUUAACGAACUAAAUUUAAAUUAUGUUACCUUAAAAGGAGAAGCGGCUUUUUAUGGGCCUAAAUUAGAUAUUGAAAUUCAGACUACUGAUGGAAAAAACGUCACAGUAUCAACGAUUCAAUUUGAUUUUGUUUUACCCAAAAAGUUCGUUCCGUGCCAAAUUUCUAUUCUGCCCCUUAACGAAGAAAAGGAAAUAAAAGAAUACUGCGAAAAGUUAAAAAAAGAACUAGUUAAAAAUAAUUUGCGAGUGAAAGUGUGGUCAGAAAAAUCCCUUAAUUAUCGCAUUCGUCAAGUAUAUCAAAAAAAAAUCCCUUAUUAUUCAGUAAUUGGCAAGGAGGAAGUAAAGAAAGACAUAUUAAAACUAAUAUACACUUAUCAAGAGGGAAAAUCAGAAGAGUUGACUAAAAAAGAAUUGUUUACAGAAAUAAAACGGGUUAAUAAGUCUGAUCUCAAAGCCUUUUUAACCCAAGACCACACUUCCUUUACUGUCCUUUCAGUCUCUACUAAACACAUUGAAUCUACCAAUCGAAUUAGCAUUACCUUAUCUAAAAACUCAGCUCAAUCCUUUUAUUUAGACCAAACUAAGACCAAAAUCAGCACUCCACCGACUAUUUCUAAUUUAUCUAAACCCGAUGACUGUCUCCAAGAUGCUCAAAAUUGUGUUUACUUCCAAUUCUUUAAUUCCAAAGAAAAAAAACUCUACACUCGUUUUAAAGAUAACUUUGAAGCCAACUUUUUAUGUGCUUGUUUACCCUCUGAGUGUUCCCAUCAACAUUUAUUCCUUACUGGCACUUAUAACACUUCGCAGCAAGACCAUUAUGCAAAAAAACCGGUAAUUGACAUUGACACUUAUUCUCUACUCCCUUUAUUCCUUACUCUCAUAAAAAGUCGCAGUUUAAAUAAACGAGCGGCGGGACAAUAUUUAGCCAAGUAUCUCUCUAAAUCUUUUCACCUCCGUACCCUCUAUGCUCAACAUGGUCUUAAAGAUAGACAUCGGGCUUAUCACUUUUACCUUAACCUUUAUGAUUAUGAGCAACGAGCAGUUAAUUUAGUUGGUAAAAGUAAAAUUGACCAACUAACUGGAACUAAUUUAAAUGGCAAUCAACACAUUUUUCGCCAUUACGACUACCAAACUGCCGAAACUAGUUAUUUUUAUCGCACUAACAAAAAAUUAACUGGUCAAUGUUCUAAACCAGUCUUGAUCAAAAAAAAUUAUCGUUUAGGCACUCGCUCCUUAAACCCACUAAAUUUACUAACUUUAGCCACUAAACAUGCUAAAAAAGAACUUUAUCAAUUUAAAAAGCCUAAAAAACCUGUGGUUCAGCAUGAUUUUCAAGAAUUCUUAAUUACUCGUUUACUACUCUUGUGCAAAUCUGCCGAAUUUACUCAUUUACCCUUAGAACAAGAAAGAGUUAGUAAAGAACAGGGUACUUGUGACCAACUUCCUUAUACCCAUUUUCAAACUAAACCGGUUUUGCGGUUCACUUUUUUACCCGCCCAAGCCUCGAUCAUUAGAACCUUUAUCGCUAAUUUAGACACUUAUGCUGAGGAAUAUGACCUCGAAGAAUCCAAAGACUUUAACGCUUAUCCCAUCAUCCACAACCCUAAACAUGAAACUAUUAAGUCCUUAAAUGGACUUUGUGGUUGUGAAAUCCGAGCUCGCAACCAAUACCUAAAUAACUGA